AGAAAAUUUUAAAAUUCAUGUUUUAAAAGGAAGUUGUUACAUCCAAUUUAUCUCGUUUGGAAGUAAUGCUCUUGGAUUAAUCAGUGGAAUUGUGGAGUGAUUUUUUCAAAUUAUUAUUCCUUCAGUGCCAUAAAGAAUUAAAAUAUUUGUAAAAAAGUACAACAUAAAAUUGAAACGAGCAUUAAGAAUAAUUUUUUGUUCAACGGAAAAUUGAAAAUGAAAAAUAAUUGAACGAAGGAGAAUUAUUUUCGACAGUGCAAAAGAAGAGUAAUUAAUCAAAAUCAGGCUUUAAAGUGAAGUGAAAUGAAAUAUGUCAGCUCAAGGAAAGAGUCUCAUUAAUUAGAAGAAUUGUGGAAUGUCUUAAAAAUUACACAGAAAGAAUUUCUUCUCUUUAUUAAAAAUCCUUUCGCAAGCGAAGAUGACUAAUUAACUGUUUGAUGGAAAAGAAAGAUUAGCUGAAAGAAAAAAAUUAUUCUUCCAUGAAAUUGAUUAUCUCAAAGAUAAUUGAGAAUUGUUAAGUGUAAAAAAAUAAAUAAUAGAACAACUUUUCAAGACAAAAAUCUGUGGAUUAAGUUUCAAUCUUUUCCAACUUGGAGAAGGAAACAAGCAAUGGAUACAAGCUAUAACAUUGGAAACGAAAUGGAUGCAAACAUGUUUAAUCAGUACAUGUACAAGCGACCUGACGAAAAUUUGGAUGUUUCUUUAUCAGUGCCACAAUAUAACGGUCAUCCACCUCCAAGUCACCUACGCUAUCACAAUUUGAAUGAUCAGACGUUUCAUACGCCAUCAUUCGGUGACGAAGAAUUUGAUAUUCCCGUGAUGCAUCAUCAGCCACCCCCGCCGCAACAUCAUCAGUUAGAUCAAUAUCACCAGUUGCAUAGUCAUCAAAUGAGCCUCAUGAAUGAGCAACAAGCUGCUUACGGCCAACAUCAAUGGCAUCAUCAGCCACCAACACCUGAAUCUCAUAUGAUGGCGAAUCAAACAUAUCAAUUACAUUCACCGAAUCAUUCCAAUUAUCAUCACAUGUCUAGUCCGAAUCAACAAAUGCUUUUGAUGCAACCGCCCAGUUCUCAUCAACCACCACCUCAGAACCAUCAGCAACAACAGCAGCAACAACAGCAGCAACAACAGCAGCAGCAACAGCAGUCGCAUCAACAACCACAAAUAUCACCACAACUGAAUGCGGGCGGAAAUAAUUACAUCGGACAAUCGCCACCUCAAACAGUGCGAAGUAAUGAAAAUGGAUCAACAAGUGAUGACAGCGAUGAUAAUGCACUGAAUGAUCCGAAUGCCAAUAACACUUUUAAGCGACCAUCGCCCGAUCCUUAUAUCGGAAACGAUUCUCCAAAUCGUAACAACAGUACAAUGAAGCCUAAAGCUCCACCAGCACGCAAGCCAAAAGCCUCGAAGAAGAAGAAGAAAAAGGAUCCAAACGAGCCCCAAAAGCCCGUCUCAGCUUAUGCUCUGUUCUUCCGAGACACUCAGGCAUCGAUUAAGGGACAAAAUCCGAAUGCCUCAUUCGGCGAAGUUUCAAAGAUUGUCGCAUCAAUGUGGGACGUGUUGGCGCCCGACCAUAAGAACGUUUACAAGAAACGAACAGAGGUCGCCAAAAAAGAGUAUUUAAAAGCGCUGGCAGCUUAUCGUGCGAGCUUAGUGUCACAAGGCACUGAGUCUGAGUCCCAAUCGCCACCACAUCAACAAAAGGUUGCUACACCAGCAUCACAAAAUCAAUCGCAUAAGAUUCAAACCCAGCCUCAACCACCGCAGCACUUGCAGCAGCAAACUAUGCCACCAGGCGCUCGUAUGAGUCCUCAUCAUCAGAUGCCACCGAGCUAUGUACAAUCGAUGCCACCGCAUAAUUACCAACCCCCGCCCGGUCCCUACACGCCGCCAUCACCUUAUGGAUCACCUCAACAGCCAUUAAUUUAUCCGAUGAAUCCAAACAUGAUGCAACCACCACCGCAUAAUGGAAUGAUGAACAUGCAACAACAACCUGGCCCACAAUACAUUAAUCAACAGGUUUGUCAGCAUCAGAUAUAAGCAACAUACUCUCAAUAUUGUCCAUAAGCAAGAGGCUGUGUUAGAGAA